GCAGAGAAGAGACUCUCUCUCUCUACAUAGAAAAUCUCUCUUCUUCUUUUUCUUUUCUUUUUUUUUUAAAUAAGUUUCAGUGACACAGAGUCUGAAAUAUUCAGGCAAAGGCAGAAAGCUUCUCUUUCUGCCUAUCUAAAAUCUAAGGCUAUCUUUUAUUCAUAGAAUCAUACAUCAUGAACUUUAACAACUCAUCACCAGCCAACUCACCCUCCUCAUCCAAGUCCAAAAGAAAGCAACCACUAGAAAAGCAACAGCAGCAACAACAACAACAACAACAACAACAAGGAGAAACAAGGUUUCUCGGGGUAAGAAGAAGGCCAUGGGGCAGAUACGCAGCAGAGAUAAGAGACCCUUCCACCAAAGAGAGGCAUUGGCUCGGCACCUUUGACACUGCUGAGGAGGCCGCCUUGGCCUACGACCGCGCUGCUCGCUCCAUGCGUGGUUCCAAGGCCCGCACCAACUUCGUUUACUCUGACAUGCCACGCGGCUCCUCUGUCACCUCUAUCAUCUCGCCCGACGAAUCACAACAUGACAUCUCCGCCCUCUUCACUCCCCAACAACAUCAAAAUGAUCAUACGGAUACCCACUCCGCCACCCAGCUGUUCUUCGGCCAGGACCCUUUCUUCAAUGCUGCCGCGUGUCCUUUUUCCGGCGGGGACGGCUGGGCGCAGGGGACUGCAACCCUUGGGUCUAAUUACCAGCCCAUUACGGGUAUUAUGGAUGGUGGGCUGUCACAGCCACAGCCACUGCCACAGUCACACACGUACUCAUCCCAUGAGGCUGAGCUUCCACCUUUGCCUCCUGACGCAUCCACUUUUUAUGGGUCUGGAGUGGCGGGCUCAGAUAUGGGCCAGGGACAGGGAGUUUGGAAUGACAGCAGCUUCUUCGGGUUCUCUGAACAAACUUCAAAUGAGCUAGAAUCAGUAGUCAGUGGGCCAUAUUUGGGCUUUGAUUCUAGUGAGUUUGUGCAGCACAGCCCACUGUUUGGGAGGAUGCCACCUGUUCCAGACACAAGUACCGAUGGAUUCGAUUUGGAUUCGCCAUCUGUCUACUACUUUUAAGAUGUAUGUGUAGUAGUAGGCAACGGGUUGCAUAUAUGCGUCCGUUUAAUCGCUGGGGUACGUGUGCUUUAUGGUUUUCCUUUUUGUGAUGUGAUUGUGGCGGUAUAAAGGCUAUGGUUACAUGGAUAGUGUUGGGCUUGGAAUGCAAAAGCCUGCUGCUUUUCUUCUUUUUGUUCUUUGUUUGUUUGUUUGUUUGUUUUCUUUUAGCCAGACGCCUAAAAGCGUAAUGUAAUGGUUUGGUUAAGCGUACGCGUAGGUAUUGCGAGAUUUUGACCUUUUCGGACUUCUAAAUUCAAAUGCCUGCCUGCCUGCCUAAUAGUCCAAUUACUUAGACCUUGAGUCCACGACAAGCAGCCCAUUCCUCCACCAAAAAUGUCUCCCUCUGCUGCCAAUGACAACGACGAAACCCUUUUGGUACUCGUAAUGAGCUUUCUUUCCAAUGAAUUAUUCACUCGCGAAGCCUUUUUGAAGGCACA